AUGUCCAUCACCAAAGUACACGCUCGUCAGAUCUUUGACUCGCGAGGCAAUCCGACCGUCGAAGUCGACUUGUACACCGCAAAAGGUCGUUUCCGAGCAGCCGUCCCGUCUGGUGCAUCCACUGGCGUUCACGAGGCCGUCGAACUCCGUGACGGUGACAAGAAGUCGUAUGUUGGAAAAGGUGUGCUCAACGCCGUCAAAAACGUCAACGAGACCAUUGCACCCGCCCUCAUCGACUCUGGUCUCUCCGUCACUCAACAAAAGGACAUUGACGCCCUCCUCAUCAAACUCGACGGAACGCCCAACAAGGGUAAACUCGGAGCCAACGCCAUCCUAGGUGUCUCCAUCGCCGUCGCCGAAGCUGGUGCCGCCGAAUCUGGCUUGCCUCUCUAUGCCUAUUUGGCCAAACUCGCUGGACACCCAGAAGGUGGCAAGAUGACGAUGCCGUGCCCUGCGUUCAACGUCAUCAACGGUGGCUCGCACGCUGGUAAUGGACUCGCUUUCCAAGAGUUUAUGCUCCUCCCCACGGGAGCGACCAGCUUCACCGAGGCGAUGAAGAUUGGUACCGAGACGUAUCAUACGCUCAAAAAGGUCAUUCAGGCCAAGUAUGGGCUUGAUGCGACCAACGUCGGUGACGAGGGUGGAUUCGCACCCAAUGUCGCUGGUGCCGAGGAGAGUCUCGAGUUGUUGAGCGAGGCGAUCAAAAAGGCUGGAUACGAGGGCAAGAUCAAGAUUGGACUCGACGUUGCGUCUUCCGAGUUUUACAAGGACGGCAAGUACGACUUGGAUUUCAAGAAUGCCAACUCGGAUCCGACAAAGUGGAUCACCGGCAAAGAGUUGGGCGACUUUUACAACAAGAUGAUUGAGAAGUACCCGAUUGUGUCGAUUGAGGAUCCGUUUGAUCAGGAUGAUUGGGAGGCCUGGAGCUCGUUUACCAAUGGCACCAAAGUCCAGGUUGUCGGUGAUGAUUUGACAGUCACCAACCCCGAACGUAUCCAGACGGCGAUUGGCAAAAAGGCGUGCAAUGGCUUGCUGCUCAAGAUUAACCAGAUUGGUACGAUUAGCGAGAGUAUCCAAGCCGCCCAGCUUGCGCAGUCGGACGGGUGGGGUGUCAUGGUCUCCCACCGCUCGGGUGAGACUGAGAACACGGUCAUUGCCGAUCUCGUCGUCGCUCUCGGGGUUGGCCAGAUCAAGACGGGUGCACCUGCGCGAAGCGAGCGUGUAGCCAAGUACAAUGCUCUCCUCCGCAUCGAAGAGGAACUCGGAGAGAAUGCCGUCUACGCGGGUGAACAGGGUCUUGCCGCGGGCACCACGGCGCCUGCCUUGUUAAAGAAGUAG